AUGAAGAUCCGCUCCAGGCAAGAAGUCUCAGCAAAGGCUACCUGCCUAAAAGCCAACUGGAACCGGAUGAUUCAGAGAGUGGUCUUCCGAGCUGCUCACGUCCUUUGCUUCAGUGCUCUGAUUUCUGAACUAAUGAACCAGGGAGAAGUGGAAGCAUGGACCUAUCAUUACAGCACAAAAGCAUACCCAUGGAAUAUUUCCCGGGCAUUCUGCCAGAAGUACUACACAGAUUUAGUGGCCAUCCAGAAUAAAAAUGAAAUCGCCCACCUCAAUGAUGUCAUACCCUACUACAACUCUUACUACUGGAUUGGCAUCCGAAAAAUAGAUAAUGUUUGGACUUGGGUGGGGACCAAAAAAACUCUCACUGAGGAUGCCGAGAACUGGGCUGACAAUGAGCCCAACAACAAGCGGAACAACCAGGACUGCGUGGAAAUCUACAUCAAGAGCUCGUCAGCCCCUGGCAAGUGGAAUGAUGAACCCUGCUGGAGAAGAAAGCGAGCGUUGUGCUAUACCGCCUCCUGCCAGGACAUGUCCUGCAGCAAGCAAGGAGAAUGCAUUGAGACCAUCGGAAACUACACCUGCACCUGCUACCCUGGAUUCUAUGGAUCAGGAUGUGAAUACGUGACGGAGUGUGGAGAACUGGAUCUACCUCAAUACGUGCUUAUGAACUGCAGCCAUCCGCUGGGAAACUUCGCCUUCAACUCACAGUGCAGCUUCCACUGCACAGAAGGGUACACACUGAAGGGACCCAGUACACUAGAAUGCUUGGCUUCUGGAAACUGGACAAAUAGACUCCCACAGUGUGUAGCCACUCAGUGUCCCCCCAUGAAGACUCCUGAACAAGGAAGCAUGACUUGUCUUCACUCUGCAAAAGACGUCCAGCAGCAGUCCAGCUGCAGCUUCCGUUGUGAUGAGGGGUUCAUGCUAGUUGGGUCAGAGGAGGUGCAGUGCACUGCCUCUGGGGUGUGGACAGCCCCAGCCCCCGUGUGUACAGCUAUUGCAUGUGACCCAAUGGAGAGUCCAGUCCAUGGAAGUAUGGAUUGCUCUGCAUCCCCAAGAGAAGUUCAUUACAACACCAGCUGUAGCUUCCAUUGUUCUGAGGGUUUCCUGCUGAGAGGAGCCAAGAUGGUUCGGUGUUCUGAGCUGGGACAGUGGACGGCGCCAGCCCCUGUCUGUCAAGCUCUGAAAUGCCAAUAUCUUCUAACUCCCAAUAAAGCCAAGGUGAACUGUUCCCACCCCUUUGGUGCCUUCAGGUAUCAGUCAGCCUGUAGCUUCACCUGUGAUGAAGGUUUGUUCCUGGUGGGUGUAAGUGUGCUGCAGUGCUUGGCUACUGGGAGUUGGAGUGCUAAGCCUCCAGAAUGCCAAGCUCUUACCUGCACACCUCUGCAAAGUCCUCAGAAUGGAAACAUGACCUGUGACCAAUCUCUUGGGGAUUCCAGCUAUAAAUCCACAUGCCAAUUCAGCUGUGAUGAAGGGUUUUCUUUAUCUGGACCAGAAAGGUUGGAAUGUACUACCUCUGGACACUGGACAGGUUCCUCUCCAACGUGUGAAGCCACCAGGUGCCCAGAGUUGUUUCCCCUAGAAUGGGGCAGCAUAGAUUGUUCUGACACUCCUGGAAAGUUCCGUGUCGGCUCCACUUGCCACUUCUCCUGCAGUAAGGGCUUUAAGCUGAAAGGAUCCAAGAGUGUGGAAUGCACAACUUCUGGGAAAUGGACAGCACCUCCACCCACCUGUAAAAGCAUAGCGUUACCUACAACUUCAGCGAUACGAUGCCCAGCCCUCAUCACCCCUGGGCAGGGGACAAUGUCAUGCUCCCAUCAUGUAGGAACUUUGGGUUUGAAUACCACUUGUUACUUUGGAUGCAAUGCUGGGUUCAAACUCACAGGAGACCGCAUUCUCCGAUGCAGUCCUUCAGGACAAUGGACAGCAGUAGCACCAACGUGCACAGCUGUUAAAUGUUCUGACCUGCACAUUAUUAAACCAUUAGAGAUGAACUGUUCCAACUACUGGGGAAAUUUCAGCUAUGGUUCUACCUGCGCCUUCAAUUGUCCAGAGGGUCAAGUACUUAAUGGCUCAGCAAGAACAGCAUGCCAAGAGAAUGGCCACUGGUCUACUACAAUGCCAAGCUGCCAAGCAGGACCAUUGACUAUCCAGGAAGCCCUGACUUACUUUGGUGGAGCCGUGGCUUCUACAACUGGUCUCUUGAUAGGUGGGACACUCCUGGCUCUGCUAAGAAGACGGUUCAGACAAAAAGAUGAUGGGAAAAGCCCCUUGAGCCCUCACAGCCACCUAGGAACUUAUGGCGUUUUCACAAAUGCUGCCUAUGACCCGAGCCCUUAA